AUGCCAACCUCAAUCGAUAACAAGUUCGUUCCAACUCCACUGGCAGCAGCAGCAGAGCCUGACGCGGGUUCAGACGACGAUUCGACCAUCGAGAUCUCCAGGCCGGCAACAGUCACAGAGCUGGUGGGAGAUGCUCGGUGCCUCUCCUGUAUGCGGGCGGGCAGUAGAUGUCACGUAGAGCAGGGCUCGGCGUCCUGCUUGCAGUGCUCUGUGCCAGAUGGCUGUGUCUUUGAGCGCCUCAUAGUGGUCAAGGGCCGUGUCCUCGACUUUACAUGGUCUGACCUGAUCGGCCAAACAUCCACCAUCAGGAGACGAUCCGCUCCCACUGUUGCGCCGCCGGGCAAGGAGGCUGUGCGUCAACCGAUUCUCCCUACAAUACGUGACAUCCUCCAUCAGGAUCUCCAGGGACAUGUCCACGCCAACGAUUCUGCUGUUGGGAGAAAGCAGCCUCCCUUCUAUAGUCCACAGGACAGCGGCCUCGCUGCUGGUGAACAGAACCCUUCGAAAGACGAUGCUCGCACCAACAUCUCAGAAUUGUCUCCACAAAAUGGCAACACCAUGGCUCUGGGACCAUUACAGAACGUCCAUGCUACGGCUUCGCUCGAGGAGAGACUGCCACAUGCUGCGGCAACAGUGCUGGUCGCCGCUGCAAGAGACGGGCGCACGAGCAUCGGAAGACUGAGCAGUCUGAUAGACCUCGAAUGUGGCGAUUGCGGCUACCGUGGAAAAAGCCGCUCAGACCUUAAGUAUACACAUCCGCCCCGCUCUUAUAGCAUUCGAAAGAUCACUGCUGACGUACUAAUCACAAGAAAACACCUUGCGCGCCACAACCGCGACCACAAAUGUCCGAUCCAGGGCUGCCCGCAGAAGUGGAAAGGCUUUGCCACCCGCAACGACCUGGACAGACAUCUCUUUGUCAUCCACAGGAUCAACAACCGGAAAUUAAAAUCCUACAAGUGCUUCGGGAGAGACUGUUCAAGGCCGCAGAAGGAAUGGCCUCGAUUGGACAACUUCAAGCAACACCUCAAAAAGAUGCAUCCGAGGGAGAGCGAGGAGGUCCUCCUCCAACAGUGA